GCUAAUGGAUGAUUAGAAAACCCUUGUACAAUCAUGUUAGCACAGCUGAAAACAGUUGAGCUCUUUAGAGAAGCUAUAAAACCGACCUUCCUUUGAGCAGAUUGAGUUUCUGGAGCAUCACAUUUGUGGGGUCGAUUAAAUGCUCAAAAUGGCCAGAAAAAUGUCUCGACUAUAUUUUCUAUUCGUUUUACAACUUAUGGUGGGAAAUAAAAGUGUGACUUUUCAUGGAAAACACAAAAUUGUCUGGGUGACCCCAAACUUUUGAACGGUAGUGUAUAUAUUCACCUUUAUAAUUAACCCAAUCUGAAUUUCUUUGAAGUUUAAACUGCUCUCAUUGACCUGUUGGUCUGUUUUCACUUUGGUUGACGAUUUCUUGUGUGCUGCUCAGCUCUACAAAGAUAGUGAGCCGAGUGGGAUUUACCCCUUGCUUUAUCUCUCUCUAAAGCUAGCGAUGCAGCAGCACUUUAGUACUUUAAUCUGUCCAGCUAUCUCACCUCCUCCUCAUCUGUUCUCUGCUCAAACAGAUAAAGUUCCAAAGCUUCGAAUUUCAUGCUAAUCUGUACCAUGGUGCUGAUCACUCCAUAGAUCACUAACGAGCUGAGCUGAGUCUUUAGUGUAGCCUGGAGGGACUGUGCCGUAAAACAGUGCUGCUUUCUGGACAUGCGAGUUUGCUGUCUGCACUGUUUCCAGGUUGGACAUGUCACUGGAAAAUGAGGUGGAGGCCCUCAGGGAAGCAGCCACAGCGAUGGAACACGAGAGGGAGUGUUUACUCGAAAUGAUCCAGUCCAUUCAGAACAGCCAGGAAAUGCGAACCAUUUGCGAUGGAGAACGGGAAGAACUCACUUUAACUGCAAGCAGACUCAUGGGCCGGACGCUGGCUGUGACCGUCUCCGUAGACACCAUCCGAAAUCCACAGCAGGAAGAUGCACUGAGGAAAGCUACGGCCAUCAUCGACGAGAUCGCUGCUAAAGUGCUCGACAACAUGGAGGGCGCAAGGAAGAAGCUGCAAGCGCUUCACGCUGCCUGCCUCACGGAGGUACCGCUUGUUCCCAUUGACCAGAAAUUCCAGAGCAUUGUGAUCAGUUGCGCACUGGAAGACCAGAAGAAAAUCAAGCGGCGACUCGAGACGCUCAUACGGAACAUGGACAACGCGGAGAAAACCAUCAAAAUCAUGGAUAACCAGGUGGACGCAUCUAAAAGUGCCAACAGUUAAUGAUGACAUGGGGUUUGGACAGCACCACUGUUGGAGGAGAGUACUUUACUGCAGUGUCUCUUCACUAAUCACUGGGAACAGCACAACUUUUCAUUUCGCACCAUGAUUGUAUGUGACGUGCGCCAUUUAUAGUCUUAUACUACCUUUUUGGACUUCUUUUAAUUGCUGUAUCAGUAACAAACACACCAAGUUACAUUUAUAUUUGAUUAAUUCUAACAAGGGAAACUCAAUUAAAAUGGAAGAGUUGAAAAAUGUCAAUUAUACAGUAAGUUUAAGUCAAGGCAACAGGAUGUAGCGUACACUUGGACAAGUUGUGAUAAAUCUCCAAGACGUCCCACAAUUCCAGCGUUUUCUACUUUAACAGAAUUAGCCAAUAAUAUGUUUACCAUGUUCUACUAACAAAACCCAAAUAAUGAGUGUUGAAACAUUUUAUACUUAAGAUUCCUAUGCACAGUUGUAGUUGAGACCAAUUAUGAACUUUCCAGUGCAGAAUGAGUUUUGAAAUGAAAACCACCCACCCCUGGCUUAAGCCACACCCACUUCAAGUUUAAAUCUAAAUACAUACAUGAAUUGCAUUAUUAUUUCAUUGUACCCCAAAUGUAUAGGAUGUAUUUUGAGCUACACACUGUCAGAAAUAGAGGUACAGUAGGAGUCCAUUUCUGUCCCCCAAGGUACAAGCUACACUAAUGUACUCCCCCCC